GUUUCUGAGUGCCCUACUCUAAGUCGGCGGGGUAAGUUUCGCCCCACUCCUACUGGUGGUUCGUCUUCUCAUGUCGCUGCCGCGUAUCAUGUGACUUUGGGCAGUUCAGAGGGGUCCUCUUCCUCGGCCCCUACUCUCACUCCUAAUCAGGUUCGCCAUAUGGUUCAGGAAGCUCUUUGUGAGGCACUCUCUUCUACUUCUGUGAUUGGUACACACUCUGUGGCUAAUGGAGCCACAAUACCAGUACAGAGUUUGGGUUUAGCUAGCACUGCCUCUACUCCC